AUUGGCGCUAUCGAUUGGCUGGAUCGAUCGGCGCUCGUUCGGGUUCGCUCGGGCUUUUUCGUGCUGAAAAGUGGGCGUGGCCCUGCCAACGUCAGUCGCCCGUGGGUUACCGCCGCGUCCGUCCAGCGGAGCGAGCCCACCGGAAACGUAAAAGCGACGACACCGAACCCAGACAGACAGACAAGACAGUUCACUGUCCGCCCCCGAGCGCUUCACCCACGCUGCAGCCGGAGGAGAGCGGCGGAGGAACGGCGUCGGGAAGAGGCACGAGUCGCCGCCGACAAGGUGCUUGCCGGCCGGACGGCUGGCUGGACGCCCAGCAAGCAACAAGCUAGCAGGUCCAAGAGAAGGUUCUGUCCUCCCUCGCGGUUGAAAUGUCAAAGUUCACGGCCAGUAACCAUGGAGACACACGACGAGCAGCAACAGCGGCGGCAGGAGGCCUCGGCCAAUGAGAGCGCUGCAUCCGGCACCGGUGCCCGCCCCUUGGCAAUCAACUCCAUGUCGCUGUACGAAAGGCAGGCCGUGCAGGCGCUGCAGAAGCAGCCGCACGCCGCUCAGUACUUCCAGCAGCUGAUGUUGCAGCAGCACAUCAACAAAACGCAGCUGCGCAACCUGGCCGCCGUGCAGCAGGUCAAGGCCGGCGCGACGUCAGACUCAGCCUCCGCGGCCGGCAGUCGGCCCGUCACCGCGGCGACCGCGUCAACCAUCAGCCAGUCGCUGCUGCUGAGCGGCGGGGCGGGGGGUCGCGGUCAGAUGUUUCUCAGGGUCAACCGUUCCCUGAGAGCACCCAUCUCCUCGCAGCUCAUCUUUAUGCCAGGCCGAGCGCCGACGACCGCCACCGUGACGAGCGCGUCCGUAGCGACCGCCUCCGUGGCGACCGUCGCUCGUCCACCCAAAGAAGAAGUAGCGGCUACGAUGUCCUCCGGCAGCCAAACGGACGGCGAGCUGAAUUUGACAGUGAGGGGCACGUCCUGUCCGAAAGGUGUCAAGACGGAGGUGCUCGAAAAGAGUGACGCAGCGUCCUCCUCACUGGUCGCGUCCCCCAAAAAGUCCACCCAGCCGCAGCCGUCCCCCAUCAAGAUCCCCACCUACUUUAAAGCCCACCCCUCCCCCCCCUCCUCCGGUUCCACCUCCUCCAUUCCGUUCCCGCAGCUUCUGCUUCACGGAACUCGUACCCUCACCACGGGGACGGCGGCGCCCGCUGGCGCACACUCGUUGGUCUUGACAUCCGCCGCCGCCUCGCAGGCCCGUGCGUACCCGCUGGGCACGGCCGGCGUCGAGCCGGCGGCGGCUGCCGCGCAGACCUUGGUGGUUCAGCCUCUGCAGAAGAGCGCGCCGGGGGGUGACAAGGUGGCCCACGCCAACGGGCCGGUCCCCAUCCAGCCCAAAACCCUGCAGGGGCUCCGCCUGCCCCUCCGGCUCACUCCCAAAAAACCCCCGCCCAUCAUGCCCGCCCCGCCGCCAGCCGACCGCCCCCCGCGGACACCCCACGUCCCCGUUCAGAUUGUGGGCGCCCGGCAGAGCGCGCUGGGAUUAGCCUUACCCAGGGGGGGCUGCAGUCAGGAGGGGGCGGCCGUCUUCACCAGCUCGUCCAGCCGGCUCACGGUGGUGGCCUCCGUCGCUUCCGGGGAGGGCGCCGUCCCGGGGCGAGCGCCGCCCGCCUCGACCUCGCAGGUUCAUCCGUGCCACGGUCCAAGUCAGAAUGGAACCCUGGUGCCCGCCUCCGCGCUGCCUCGUGCCCCGCUGCCCCUGGUGCAAGAGGCGCAAAGAGGGGCAGUGGAUACGCCCGCUAACGGCGACGCCACAGGAAGUCAGAGCAAGGAUGCGGCGCUGAAGCGCAAGCUGGAGUCCGGCGACGACUUCGUCCCCGAAGUCCGACGGCCGCCGCCGUUACGAGAUGACGCCUCAACUCUGGCCAACUUGGACGCAGCAGUUUCCGCCCCCCCUUUGGCCUCACCGUCGCCGUCCCGUGGCGUCUGCGGUGCGGGUGAGAGGGCUCCUCCCCCCCAAGCGGUGGUGAAGCCGCACAUCCUGACGCAUGUCAUCGAGGGCUUCGUCAUCCAGGAAGGCGCCCGGCCUUUUCCGGUAUGCGGGCAAAUCAAAGACUCGACCGGGGAGGACUUCGCUUCCUCUGUAGCCACGGCAACAAUGCUGAAGUGCGAGUGCUGCGAGAAGUUGGCCCCCGCCAGCCGGUUUCCAGGAACCAAAAGGUUCUGCUCCACCUUGUGUGCAAAGAGGCACAAGCUCACCUUUGGCAGGCGGCCAUCUUGGGAGCAUCGAAGUCACCUCUCCAACUCGGAGGAGGAAUGCGACGUGGCCCAGAGGACGAGGAGGAGGAGGAAGGUGCCGCGCCGGACCAGCUCGGAAAUCGCUAGCGCCAAGAUCGCGGGCCAGUCGCUUUCGCUCAAGCACCUCUCCGAGUCCAGCCGCUCGGACAGCGAGUGGAGCGGCGAGGACGCCGACGCCGUGUCUCUCUCGCCCGCGUCCUCCUCGGCUUCCGGCCACCGCCGGCCCCCGCCGUCGCCGCCGCCGCCGCCGCCGCCCGCCAAGCAGAUGUCCGCCGCGCCUUCGAGCCCCGCACAUUGGAGUGUGGACCAAGUGUCGCAGUUUAUUUGCUCGCUACAAGGCUGCGAGGAUCUGGCGGCGCUCUUCUUGUCGCAGGAGAUCGACGGACAGGCGCUGAUGCUGCUGAAGGAGGACCACCUGGUGUCGGCCAUGAACAUCAAGCUGGGCCCCGCCCUCAAGAUCUGCGCGCACAUCAGCAACCUGAAGGACUGAUCCGCUAGCCCAGGUACCUCCGGCCUUCUGACUUUGUCUGCUCUCCUGUUCCGAUGAGGCCUGGACUCGUGCUGGACUCGUCCUGGACUCGUCCUGUUCAGACGUCCGCAAAUGUGAACUAUUUUUUUCUUUUUCCCACCUUUGUGACAAACGUAGCAGAACUCUCGUGAGAAACUCGAAAGCUGUGUCGGGAUCGCUCGCUCUCCGCUGUGUUGUGAGUUUGCCGUUUCGUAGCGCAGUUCGAAUGUGUCGUUAAGUACAGUGGUGCCUUGAGAUACGAGUGACCCGACUUUCGAGUUUUUCAAGAUGCGAGCCGUCGCGCUCGCAGUCACGUAUUAUUUAUCCUCCGCGGAGAACAACUAAUAUUAGUACCGUACUGAUGAGCUGAGGGGAGUGGAGACGUCUCGAUGAACACGAUAUCCGACUGUCUGUGGUUUUUAAAAUAUGGCAGAAUACAGACAUGAAGACACAUCAAGAAGUGUCUCCCAAUGGACUGCUGUGGCUCAUAUCUCCAAAAAAAAAAACUCAUAACCUGAGUCAGUUGUAUUUCAAGGCAAUAGUGUACCUGUAAGAAAAUGUCUUCCACAAACCCGAUGAUGGAGUUUUGGUUCAGUUUUUUUUUUCCCUCUUUGGAAGUGGCGACCACGCCAGCAGGCAGUUGUGAUCUUCUUCUCUCUACAACUAUUUUCUUUCUUUAUUUUUUAAAAAGCGUCUUUAAUCAUCUCCAUGAGUGACAUCUUUGGGUCUUUUU